AUGGCAAAUAUCUCAAAGAAGCCAGUUCAAUCCUCUUCAACAACCAAAUGCAAGUCACAGGACACCCCAGCUAAGCCUGUGACGAAGAUUGUGAAAUCACCCCAAACGACCAAGCAACUAAUAGCAUCCACUACCACUACCAAACCUAACUCGAAGGCCACCCCAGCUAAGCCUAUGGCGAAGAUUGUCAAAUCACCCCAAACGACCAAGCAACCAAUAGCAUCCACUACCACCACCAAUCCUAACUCAAAGGCCACCCCAGCUAAGCCUGUGGCGAAGAUUGAAAAUGCCUCCACUUCACAGAACACCCCACUAAAGGCUGUUACCAAGAUUGUGAAAUCACCCCAAACAACCAAGCAACCAAUAGCAUCCACUACCACUACCAAACCUAACUCGAAGGCCACCCCAGCUAAGCCUAUGGCGAAGAUUGUCAAAUCACCCCAAACGACCAAGCAACCAAUAGCAUCAUUUACCACCACCAAACCUAACUCGAAGGCCAUCCCAGCUAAGCCUUUACAUUGA